UUCACCGUGUUGAGGAGAGAAGAUGGCGGCGCGUGGCGGUUUUCAGCAAGCGGCAUCUGGAGGCGGCGGAGGCGGCGGAGGUGGUGGGAUGGGACCAGGACCUCCGGUACCGGGUGGAGGAGGACCAGGAAUGGCUCCUGGAACGCCUGCAGGAAGGAUGGGACCCGCGGGGCCGCAGAAUCCAAUGUAUCGUUCUCCGAUACCUGGGCCUGGAUACCCGAGACCCGGGAUGCCCCCAGCAAACCGGAUGACUCCUCAAGGCCCACCCAUGGGUCCUCCAGGCUACGGCACUAGUCCAGUACCUCGCCCUGGAAUGCCAGUCAUGGACCCGUCUCGCAAGAGGCCUGCACCACCUCAGAUCCCACAGCAGGUCCAACAACAACAGAACCGCAACCAACAUGCCAAGAAGAAGAAGAUGGCUGAUAAAAUUCUACCUCAGAGAAUCAGAGAGCUAGUCCCAGAGUCUCAGGCUUACAUGGAUCUGCUGGCCUUCGAGAGGAAGCUGGAUCAAACCAUCAUGCGCAAGAGACUCGAUAUCCAGGAGGCACUGAAGAGACCCAUCAAGCAAAAACGAAAGCUGCGAAUUUUUAUCUCCAACACUUUCAACCCUGCCAAGCCUGACGCCGAGGACGGUGAGGGAACCGUAGCAUCGUGGGAGCUGCGAGUCGAAGGCCGGCUGCUCGAGGACACUGCUGUAUCUAAAUACGAGGCCACCAAGCAAAAGCGGAAGUUUUCCUCUUUCUUCAAGUCUUUAGUGAUUGAACUGGACAAAGACUUGUAUGGGCCUGACAAUCAUUUGGUAGAGUGGCACAGAACACCCACUACUCAGGAGACUGACGGCUUCCAGGUGAAAAGGCCCGGAGACGUGGGAGUACGCUGUACUGUCCUCCUCAUGCUCGACUACCAGCCUCCUCAGUUUAAGCUGGAUCCCCGACUGGCUCGCAUGCUGGGCAUCCAUACCCAGACCAGACCAGUCAUCAUCCAGGCUCUGUGGCAGUACGUGAAGACGCACAAACUGCAGGACCCACAUGAGCGCGAGUUCAUCAACUGCGACAAAUACCUCCAGCAGAUCUUUGAGACUCAGAGGAUGAAAUUUUCUGAGAUUCCGCAGCGGCUGCAUGCUCUGCUGAUGCCUCCCGAACCGAUCAUCAUUAACCAUGUCAUAAGCGUGGACCCGAAUGACCAGAAGAAGACGGCCUGUUAUGAUAUUGACGUUGAAGUGGAUGAUACCCUCAAGACCCAGAUGAACUCUUUUCUGCUGUCUACUGCCAGUCAGCAGGAGAUUGCAGGCUUGGAUAACAAGAUUCACGAGACCAUUGAGACCAUCAAUCAGCUGAAGACUCAGAGGGAGUUCAUGCUGAGCUUUGCCCGUGAUCCUCAGGGCUUUAUCAAUGACUGGCUGCAGUCCCAGUGCAGGGACCUCAAGACCAUGACCGACGUGGUAGGAAACCCCGAAGAAGAGAGAAGAGCCGAGUUUUAUUUCCAGCCCUGGGCUCAAGAGGCUGUAUGUCGCUACUUCUACUCCAAGGUCCAGCAGAGGAGACAGGAGCUGGAGCAAGCACUGGGCAUCAGGAAUACAUAAGCAGGAAGGGACACCUAAGGGAACAGAAGAGGCUGUCUGCUGUCUUUGGUUCCUUAUCAAUGACACUAAACUACAGUUUGUUUAACCACACUCCUGCUGUGGCUGGUAUGAGACGGCGUUCAGUGUUACUCCUUCUAAACCAGAAAGAUCUCACAUGCUUUGGUUCCCUGAAAACCAAAAUGUCUCGUCUCCUACUCUGUUCCUUGUCCUGUUGUUAUCUAGGGGGAGGGGUAAUAGAUGCUUCUCCCUUUUUAACGUGUUCCAGCUAGACUCAAAUGUCGUUACUGCAGUGGCUGUGAUCUGAAAAAUCUUUCAGCCAAAUUCUUUAUAGGCUACUAAUAGAAGUAAGUAAGCUUCAAUGGUAUUUAGUUAUUCUGAUAGGAUGCAUGUAAAACUUUAACGCCCGAGCGUGUUUAGGUACCGAAGGAGACUCAAGGCCUUGAUCGCUUGACUUGGAUAAGACGACAAUACUUUUCAUAACCCACAAUAGAUAUUUAAUAGUCACUAGUGUAAGUGCAGUCUCUUAUGUGCAAUGAUGCCACAGAGCACCAAGAAGACAUUCUUGUUGUCCAAGAUGGCUGCCCCAUGACGUUAAGCGUUCAGCUACAAUUUUGUAUAUUUUUAAUACAGUGUCCUGAACUACACUGGCAAGAUCACUGACGAACUGGAUGUUGUUUGAGGCAGAUAUUUACAGAACGAUUUUGGGAUGGAUCUCUAUUACUUUAGCCUUGUUCCUCCAGUGCAAAAACAAUUAGAAGCAAUUUUCAGACACAAACUAUGUCUCGGCUGUUCGACCAUGUAUUUUGUUUUGUUUUUUCUUUCCAACUUAUCUGUUUAAAUAGCUCAGUAAUUAGAAAGACUUUUCCAGUAUUGUUUGAAUUGUUGUUUCACCAGCUCUAACAGUGACUAUAUGUUAUG